AUCAAUAUGUUGUGCAAGAGAUAGACGGACGUAAUACGAACACACAGACGUUCUCGAAGACCCAAUUGUGGUGAUCCCAAGCAUUAAAGAAACGUUUGUCAACCGAUAGAGAUAGAGCACGCGAAACGAUGACGUCACCGAAGACGAUCAGUAAGCCGGCCUCGCGUAAGAGUGAGGUGCUGUCGAUGAUCAAACAGACUCUGCUACCGGACGACAAGAAUCCCAUCGUCCAGUACUUCGACAUCAGCCGCCAGGUGGCGAGCGCCGGACCCGAACUCGUGUGGAAGAUAUACGACGCUCAUCGGAAAACCGACAAGCAGGAGGCAUCCGUGUUCGUGUUUGAGAAGAGGAUAGCCGACAAGCUGCACAAGCCGAAGCGACGCGAGACGGUCACCGAAGUGCUGCGACGAGGGGUGCGCCAGCUGGAGAGGAUGAAACAUCCCAAGAUCCUCCAGCUCAUACACGGCGUCGAGGAGACCAACGACACGUUGGCGUUUGCCACUGAACCGGUGCUUGCCAGUCUGGCAAACCUCACAGGCAACCAUGACAAGAUACCGCAUCCCGUUGCCAGUCACAUCAAGGAUUACGAGUUUCUGGACAUGGAAUUGAAAUACGGCAUCUUGCAAGUGACAGAGGCACUGUCGUACAUCCACGGCACAGAGCAGAUGAUCCAUGGCAACGUAUCGCCGCAGUCGAUCAUCGUCAACACGAAGGGAACGUGGAAGCUCGCAGGCAUGGAGUUCGUGCAGAAGCUGCAAGAAGGCAUGGUGAUAUGUUCGCUAUACAACAACGGUAGAUCGUUGAUAGAAAGUAACCACAGCUCAAUAAUGUACCUGAAGAAACUAGACGAGCUGCAUGCUAGCAUUCCCCAGAUUGCAAAUCGAAUGCCACUCGGUCUUCAGGAAUCCGUGCUCAAAAUGCUGUCUACUGAUGUUCGAUAUCGUCCCACCUCGCUCUUGUUCUCGCUUUUAGAGGACACACUACAAGAGGCGCUCGGUCAGAUACCCGCAGAAUUGCAGGAGCCCGUACAGAAAAUGUUGCAGCUAGAGGUGCGACACAGACCGACAGCGCAGCUGUUCUCGCUUAUCAAGUACUUUAGUGAUCCGGUGGUGGCAGCACUGCAGUACAUCGACGUCCUGGAGCAGAAAGAUCUCAGCCAGAAGCAGCAGUUCUUCAGUACGCUUCCUCAUCAUCUGCCAUCCAUACCCAAGAAAAUGCUACACCAGCAUGUGUUUCCAUGCAUUCAGAGCGAGCUAAGAGAAUAUGACCUAACGGCCCAUGUGCUGAAGUCGUUCAUCUACUUGCUGGAAGUCGCCGAGGAUGAAGAGUACCAGUCUAAGCUACUUCCCACUCUCUACUGUGUGUUUGUGCUGCCAAAGUCUACACAGGAUGCAGGGCUGAGGAACGUACAACUAAUGCAACACUGUCUGGGGGACGAGGUCAUCAAGAAAAAAAUACUACCAAAGGCAAAGAUAGUUUUUCACAAAACAUCAAGCAUCAAGAUUCAAAUGAACUGUCUCGAGUGCAUAGACCGGUUGCUCGACAAUCUGGACAAGAUGACCAUACUGGAUGAGGUACUCCCGUUCCUGUUGGACAUCCAGUCACAUCGAGGAAACCCACCCGAGGUCAUCAUGCCAAUAGUCGAUAUCUACAGGCAUAUGAUGUGCGACAAGAGGUUUGGCAUGACCCACAGUCUUCUUGCUUCAAAGGUCAUGCCAACACUACUGCCUUAUACUAUCAACCCUUCCCUCCGUGUGGAGGAGUUUAGCGCAUUGAUAGAGGUGCUCAAGGAUAUGCUAGAUAUAAUCGACAGGAAUCAGAAGAAUAAGCUUAGCAUUGAGAGCCUGCCUGUUCCUGGCUCUGAUAAGCCAUACAUUAUGAGGCAUCGGCACUCGAUGACAGACGCUCCUUCACUGGAGAUGCUUAACUGCGUAGCAGAAGGCGCGGGAGAGUCUCUCAAGUAUUACUCAAUAUAA